AUUGUGCCUGGGCGCGCGCGGUGCCGCGUGACCGGGCGGGGGGAGCGCGAGGCGGCGGGCCCGGGCCAUAGAGACGCGCGGCCGGGGGGAGUGGGAUGGAGAUGGUGGGAUAGAGCGUCCCCCCGCCCUGCCGGCGGCCGCCCCGAGUCCGCCAGGGCAGCCCGAGCCCGCUGGGCCCGGACAAAGCGCCGCCGCCUCCCGCUCCGCCCCGCCCCGCCUGCAGCCCCGCCGCGGAGCCAUGUCGGCUAGCAGCCUCCUGGAGCAGAGACCCAAGGGCCAAGGCAACAAAGUGCAAAACGGUUCUGUGCACCAGAAAGAUGGAUUGAAUGAUGAUGACUUUGAGCCCUACCUGAGUCCCCAGGCCCGCCCGAGUAAUGCAUACACUGCAAUGUCUGAUUCCUACUUACCAAGCUACUUCAGUCCCUCCAUUGGAUUCUCCUACUCCUUAGGCGAAGCUGCCUGGUCCACAGGGGGAGACCCCCCCAUGCCCUACCUGACCUCAUAUGGACAGCUGAGCAACGGGGAGCCUCACUUCCUCCCCGAUGCCAUGUUCGGGCAGCCAGGGGCCCUUGGCAGCACUCCAUUCCUUGGGCAGCAUGGCUUUAACUUCUUUCCAAGUGGGAUUGACUUUUCGGCUUGGGGGAAUAACAAUUCUCAGGGACAAUCCACUCAAAGCUCUGGCUACAGCAGCAACUAUGCCUAUGCUCCCAGCUCACUGGGAGGGGCCAUGAUCGAUGGGCAGUCAGCCUUUGCCAGUGAGACCCUGAACAAGGCUCCUGGCAUGAACACCAUUGACCAGGGCAUGGCAGCCCUCAAGCUGGGCAGCACGGACGUGGCGAGCAGUGUCCCGAAAGUCGUCGGCUCAGCCGUGGGGAGCGGAUCUAUCACCAGUAAUAUUGUGACGUCGAACAGUUUGCCUCCGGCAACGAUUGCACCACCAAAGCCGACCUCAUGGGCUGACAUUGCCAGCAAACCUGCCAAGCAGCAGCCCAAGCUGAAGACUAAGAAUGGCAUUGCAGGGCCAAGUCUUCCGCCGCCUCCCAUAAAACAUAACAUGGAUAUCGGAACUUGGGAUAACAAAGGGUCAGUGGCAAAAGCCCCAUCACAGACCUUGGUCCAGAAUCUUGCCCAGCAGCCACCACAGGUGUCUCCGCAGCCCUUGGGCCAGCAGAUCAGUAGUAGCCCACCAGUGACCCAGGCUCUGGGUGGGCAGCAGUCGCAGGCACUGCCACCACCAGCCCCACUGCCUGUGCCACCAGCGCAGCCCACCCGGUGGGUCGCCCCUCGGAAUCGUGGCAACGGCUUUGGCCAGAAUGGAGUGGAUGGUAACGGAGUGGGACAGGCUCAGGCCAGUUCUGGUUCUCCUUCUGAGCCACACCCAGUCUUGGAGAAGUUGAGAUCUGUUAACAACUACAACCCCAAGGAUUUUGACUGGAACCCAAAGCAUGGGCGGGUUUUCAUCAUUAAGAGUUACUCUGAGGAUGAUAUUCACCGUUCUAUUAAAUACAACAUCUGGUGCAGUACGGAGCAUGGCAACAAGAGACUGGAUGCAGCCUAUCGUUCCAUGAAUGGGAAGGGCCCCGUAUACUUACUGUUCAGUGUCAAUGGUAGUGGUCACUUCUGCGGCAUAGCAGAAAUGAAAUCUGCUGUGGACUAUAACACCUGUGCAGGUGUGUGGUCCCAGGACAAAUGGAAGGGACGUUUUGAUGUCAGGUGGAUUUUUGUGAAGGACGUUCCCAACAGCCAGCUGCGACACAUCCGCCUAGAGAACAACGAGAAUAAACCAGUGACCAACUCCAGGGACACUCAGGAGGUGCCUCUGGAAAAGGCUAAACAGGUGUUGAAAAUUAUCGCCACCUACAAGCACACCACCUCCAUCUUUGAUGACUUCUCACACUAUGAGAAACGCCAAGAGGAGGAGGAAAAUGUUAAAAAGGAACGCCAAGGCCGUGUCAAGUAAAAGGCCAUUCCUCCAGCACAGAUUGCAUCCCAGCUGUCUUUCAGAGAGAAAGGAGCAAGAGUAUCCCAGAAAGAAUUAGGACUUUUUUUCCUUAAUUCCUUUGACUUCAAAAAGACUUUUACAAACUUCCAAUUAAAAAAAAAAAAGGUAUUGGAAUAUCACAAGACAUAGGACUAAAAAAACCAAAAACAACUACAAAAAAAAUCCCUUCUAGGUAGAGUAGAGAUAAAACCUGUCUCCUUUCUUUUGGCUUUGGUUGUGAUUUCAGAGCAUACACUUUGUUUUUGUCUUUUUACUAUGGUUUUUGGAUUUUCAAGUCCAUAAGUGGCAUAAGCCUUUUUUUUUUGCUUAUUUUUAAAUCCCACUGUUCCUCCUCUUUCCACCCUGUUGGGCCUCCUUCCCUAGUUUUGAUAUUUGCACUUGGAACACUGAAUUAUAACAUCCACCAUGCAAAGUGGAGUAACUUUUUUUUUUUUUUCUUUCCCUGGACCAGAAGAGGAGGAAUUCUAUGAGGAAGUCGGGAUUUUGGCCUAAGAAGAAUUGAACAAAAUUGUCCAACAGGUUAUGUCUUAAAGGUGGUUCAUUUUUCUCUGACCCUUUGUUACUCAAAAGUCAAGUACUAGGAGUCCUAAGAAAUGUUCUGUUCUUGUGCAUUAUAUAGAUUUAAAGAUUAGGUCUGGAUGAAUUUGAUUUUUUGAAAGCUGAGAACAGUGGUAAAAACUUGUCUUGUUUACAGGAAAAUGAAUUUUGGACAAUAAAAAGCCCAAAACAAACAAACCAAGGAAGAAAUUGUAAAAUGUGUAGUGACUAUGUUUCAGUUUCUUGUUAAGUCAAUGAGGACUGGACGUUGCCUUUCUUUUCACCAUUAAUCACUUCUCAUUAAUAAAUGUGAGAUCCUGUUGAGCAUCA